AUCCAGGAGGAGACAAGAUGGAUGCCCAGCAGCAGGUUCUGGUGGUCGGUUGGUACUGACCCGGUUUACAGAACAUUUGGUUCAUUUCUCCCAGACUAAUUUGAUCAUGAUCCAGUUUUAGUUCAGAUUUUUCUCCUGAAAAAAGUUUUUAAAAAUAAAAUAAUUUACGACCCAGAAGGCUCGGCUGAAGCUGCGAUGGAGGUUCUGCCCAAACAGGACGGGUCCAGGUGGGGACAGAACCUUUCAGGGUUUCAGCCAGGAUAAAUUGUGUGAAUGUUCCAGAAUAAAAGCCCGUCCUUCCUGAUCCGGUCCAGCUCAGGUGACUAUUGUGCCCGUCCGGUCCGAUCCGGUUGGGUCGGAUUCUGGCUAAAACCAGGAAGGAGCUUCAGCCAGACUACUGCUGGGUAAACCUGCUGACCUGAGGUCUGCUGGUUCUGGUUCUGGUCCCCUUCUAUGGAAGGGGACCAGAACCAGAACCAGUCUGGAACAAACUGCCAGAAAAUUGCAGAGGAGCCGAAAGUCUGAGAUCCUUUAAGGCUAAAGCGGGCGGGUUAGCUAUGAGUGAUUCAGUCCAGGCCCGGCGGCAUUGGGGGACAUUUGGGAACAUUGGGGGACAUUUGGGAACAUUGGCCGCCCACAGAGACAGCCAGGCUCGUCAUUUAUUGGCAGUGGACCCGGAUCAGGACUUUGAGGAUCUUCUCGGGGUGGUUACCAUGACUACCAGGGAAGCUCCGCCUGCUACGUCGUGUUCGGCAUGGCGACGGUUAAGCCAUCCAUGUUCUCUGAUGGACUGAAGACCUGUCCGAUCCUGGAGGUGGCGCCAUAGACGAUGACGUGUUGACUGUUGACAAGCUGUUGUCAUAGUAACAGCAUCCUCAGAUUUAGAUUGCUGAUUGCUGGGCCUCACCUGUGCGGGGGCGGGACCAGGUGAGCCAGGAAGCUGCUGCUUAGCUCCAAACCCAUUAGCAGUAAUUGGAGGAUUAGAGCCUCAGAUGAUCCGCUGCUAAUCAGAUCAGGAGCGGCUUUAGCAGGACGCCAGGCUGCCGCUCAUAUUCACACCUCCGCUCCGCUUCGCGCUGGUUCCUGCUGCCGGUUCCUCAUCAUGACUCAGAACCCUGCGGUCCAGUUCCUGAGCUCCUCCUGGGACGGCUUGCGGCUCUGAGCCUCAUCGUUCUGCAGACCCGUUCGGGACCGUCGCCGUGAGCCGACGCCAUGCCGUUCCUGUCGCUGAAGUUCAACCUGCAGAAGCGGGUCAAGCUGGCUCAGGGUCUCUGGAUGCUCUACUGGCUCGCCGUCAUCGUGGGCAUCAUCCUCUUCAGCCUCGGCAUCUUCUUCAAGAUCGAGCUGAGGAAGAGGAGCGAGAUCAUGGACAACAACGAGAGCCACCUGGUGCCCAACCUGCUGAUCCUGGUGGGCAUGCUGUCCUGCGGCCUGAACGCCUUCGGGGGGAAGCUGUGCCACGACUCUCUGGACCCCCAGAAGUUCUCCAAGAUGAAGCCGAUGCUGCGGCCCUACAUGCUGCUGUGCUGCGGCUUCAAUGUGCUGCUGCUGCUGCUGGUGCUGCUCUCCUUCCUCAUGCAGUUCGCCGUGUACCUGACACUGGCCGAGGGCCUGAAGAACGCCAUCCGCUUCUACAAGGACACGGACACGCCGGGACGCUGCUUCAUGAAGAGGACGCUGGACAUGACUCAGAUCGAGUUCCGGUGCUGCGGAAACAACAACUUCAGGGACUGGUUCGAGGUGCAGUGGAUCAGCAACCGCUACCUGGACAUGAGCAACGACGUGGUCAAAGACCGUGUCCUCAGUAAUGUGGAGGGGAAGUACCUGAUGGACAGCGUCCCGUUCAGCUGCUGUAACCCCGGCUCGCCCCGCCCCUGCAUCCAGCAUCACCUGACCAAUAACUCCGCCCACUACGACUACGACCACCGCACCGAGGAGCUGAACAUCUGGAACCGCGGCUGCCGCCAGGCCGUCUUCUCCUACUACAGCGGCAUCAUGAACAGCAUCGGAGCGCUUCUCAUCUUCACCAUCGUCCUGGAGGCGGGGGACGUGGCGGGCCUGAAGUACCUGAGCACGGCCCUGGAGACGAUGGCCGACCCGGAGAACCCGGAGUGUGAGAGCGAGGGCUGGCUGCUGGAGAAAGGCUUCAAGGAGACGCUGGCCGACCUUCUGUCCAAGGUCAAGACCUUCGGCCGCGCCAACCAGGUGGAGGAGGGCGGGGCCUCCCCCGACGCCGACGCCACCUGAAGCCCCGCCCACCAGCAUCCUGAGGUCUCUCCCCUCCCCCCCCACCCACCGAGCCGGGGGGCCGAGAGAGGAGGCGCCGCUUCCCGGACUGACGGACUCUACUGAGCAUGUGCAGAACACACACACACACACACACACACACACACACACACACACACACACACACUGAACACACACCCUGCCAGAGAACUGUGUGUGUUUUCUUCCAGUCUGUAAAUUUGUCACCAGAACAUUUUAACUGAACAGAACCUGAGGUCCAGAUGACCUGAGCCCGACCGGUACCAGCCGGUACCACCUGGCAGCCCUGACUCCUGGCUUCCUGCUGCAGUGUCUCAGUUUGUCCUUCAGGGGGCGCAGCUUUGGAGGAUUCUUGCCAAACAUUUCUUUUUUUACGCCCAGAUUUUAGUUUGUGCGUCGCUGAUGGUCGGGUGGCUCGGUACCGGUCGGUACCGGUUGGGUGGGUUGCUAUGGAAACAGACAGCCAAAGAGCAGGUCACCUUCCUACUCACCUGUGCAGGUAAACACUUCCACAUCUGGAGUUUAUGCAGAGCUGUGCUGCAGGUGUUCUGUUAGAGACACACAGCAGCAGGCAGGAAGUCAUGCCUAAUUGCAAAUAGUGACGUCAGAGUAACAGGAAGUGAUGUCAGAGUAUUUUACUAGCAGAUAGUAGAUGACAAGAGUUUCAACAAGUCGAUGUCACUGGAAGUCAGGUGGCCAGACUGAACUAUCUGUGUCCGGAUUCAAGGUCUGCAUCCUGGGAAGGAGAAUAAACCAAGACCUGAAGAGAGAAGCAGUGAAUUCACACAGGUGUUGCCUCCUCCAACUGCCCCGCCCCCACCUCAGCGUAACUCAGGUUGCCUAGCAACCGUGAAGCAGAGAAAAACAGCAACGGAGCUGAAGUUUGUCUUUCAGUCAUGUGUUACUGAUUCCUGUAUUAUUCUUCACCUUUAUAGUAAAGUUUGUUUAUAGGAAAAAAUGAAUCUGUUAGUUUGAUUCUAAAUGUUCAAACAUGUAGAGCACAUUUCUACCAGGAAUAAAUGAUUCAUUUUCAAAUAUAAUCUCAGAUAAACCAUUAGAGUUAAAUAAAACUAGCAUGUUUGAAGGCUUCACUUUAAUCAAUCAAACCGAUUUGAUCAGGAAUAAAUUCAAUAGUAAACCAAACAUUUACAGCUAAAUGUUAAAUGUCAGAAUAAUAUCUGUGUUUAACUUCCAGUUACUGGGGAAACUUUUUCUAACCAUGUUCUGCUCCAGUAAACCAACCUGCAGCUGACAUGAGCCACCAUGUCAGAGCUGAUAUUGGAGACUUACUCACUUACACUGUACAAAAUCACGUUGUGUCAUUUAAAGUGUAAUGUAACAAAAUAAUUUACCGCUUUUCACCGCCAUCGUCGCUCUGCCUGAAUGCCCGCUUGGGACCUGCAAUGAAUUAUGGGAUACGGUGGGCCGACCCAUCCUUCAAACCUGGGGAAAAGAAGGACGCAUUUGGACGAGUCUUUGGAUUCGGACGGGCCUUCUUGCCACGCUAUGACGUAUUCGGCCUACAAAUCUGUCCUUCAACAGACGCAGACCCUGAAUUCGGACACAGCUUAUGACGUCAUCACUCAGGAAAUGAUGUCAACACUUCCUGAGUACUGACAUCACAUUUUCACAGGAAAUUUGUGACAGGAAGUGAUGUCAGAGUGGUGUUUGUGGUGUUGCUGGAGCUGCGCCUGGCAGGCGGCGCUCAGGGCGAAGCUUCCCGUAGUCAGACUGAAACUCUAGAAAUAAAAAGUCCAGAACCAA